CCAUGAAUUCCCAGUCAGGACUAGUCCGUACUCCCCCCUCAUUUUCUCUCUCUAAAACUGUUUUGUUAACUAUGUUUCUCCUCUCUCUCUCCAAUAAAAUGAUCAGUGCAGAUGAAGAGUGGGCAAUGGUGCAAAGAAAAGGGAACCAAUUCAUGGUGAAAGAUAGGGCAUUCUAUGUUAAUGGGUUCAACACUUAUUGGCUCAUGGUGUUUGCGGUUGACCAGUCAACGAGAGGGAAAGUUAGUGACCUCUUUGAGCAAGCGUCUUCAGUUGGGCUCAGUGUUUGUAGGACUUGGGGCUUCAAUGAUGGAGGGUGGAGAGCCUUGCAAAAGUCGCCUGGUGUCUAUGAUGAGGAAGUUUUCAAGGGUCUAGAUUUUGUUUUGAGUGAAGCAAAGAAACACAAAAUUCGGCUCAUUUUAUCCCUCUCGAACAAUUGGGAUGCAUAUGGUGGGAAAGCUCAGUAUGUGAAAUGGGGAAAAGCCGGUGGCCUUAAUAUCACUUCUGAUGAUGAUUUCUUCUCCGAUCCAACACUCAGAAAUUAUUUCAAAGCCCAUGUUCAGAAAGUUCUCACAAGAGUGAAUACAAUCACAAAUGUUACAUACAAGGAUGAUCCCACCAUUUUUGCUUGGGAGUUGAUGAACGAGCCUAGGUGUUUAUCAGACCCUUCUGGAGACAAAUUACAGGUGUGGAUACAAGAGAUGGCAAUGUAUGUGAAGUCCAUCGACCCGCUGCACAUGUUAGAGAUAGGUUCCGAAGGAUUUUAUGGGCCUUCAUCUCCGGGUAGGCUGCAAUUCAAUCCCAACACCUUCUCCCAACAAGUUGGCACUGAUUUCAUAAGGAAUCAUCGGGCUCUUGGCAUCGAUUUCGCGUCUGUCCACAUAUAUGCAGAUACUUGGGUCUCACAAUCGAUCACCGACGACCACAUAACCUUCGUGAAAUCGUGGACAAAUGCUCACAUAGAGGAUGCCGAGAACGCCCUUGGCAUGCCCGUACUCUUCGCUGAGUUUGGGGUCUCAUCUCGAGACUCCGGCUUCAAUACCAGCUUUAGAGACAAUCUCGUCGCGACGGUUUACAAGCCGGUGCUUGAGUCCUCCAAAAGAGGGGGUGGAGGAGGUGGAGCCCUAAUAUGGCAACUCUUUCCUGAGGGGACUGAGUAUAUGGAUGAUGGUUAUGCUGUUGUUCUCUCUAAGGCUCCUUCUACUGCUACUAUCAUGUCCACACAGUCUAAAAGGCUUGACAUGUUCAGCUCCAGUUGCUCAUGGAGGUGGGGUUGUAAGAAAAGGAAGGAUGAUGAAGAUUUGCUAGACCAUGAUGAAUUGUGAGAGAAUUGGUCCAUAUGAUUUCAUGCGUUUGAUAGGGUUUUACUUUGUAUAGUUUAUUUGAUUGGUGUCUAUGUAAAUGUAUGAAAAUAGUGAAAUGAUAUUAUGGUGUGUGGUUGUGGUCUCUCUCUCUCUCAUAUCACAGUUUAUUUCAUGAUUUUAUCUCUUUGUCCAUAUAAUUAUUUGAUGGGUAUCUUUGUGUAAAUUCAUAAAAAUGGAGAAAUAAUAUUGUGGAGUGUGGUUGGGUUCUGUCU